CCAUCAUGGAGGAAAUACAAGACACUAAUCCUACAACUUUGAAAGUUCUAAUGGUUCCAUGGUUAGCUCAUGGCCAUGUAAUCCCUUAUUUAGAACUAGCCAAGAAACUCUCCAAAACCAAUCUUUUCUUCAUUUACUUUUGUUCAACACCUAUCAUUCUCAAUUCCAUCAAUCAAGAAUAUCUACCAAAAAACAUCCAACUAAUAGAAUUCCCUUUACCAUCAUCACCACAACUUCCUAGCCACCAACACACCACCAAUGGCGUACCGAAAAAACCUCCUUUCAACGUUGAUCCAAACUUUUGGAGAAGCUGGUUCUACCUUUGCCAAGAUUCUUGAUUCUCUCUCUCCUGAUUUGCUUAUUUUUGAUGGGUUUCAAACAUGGGCACCAGAGCUUGCUUCUUCAAGAAAAAUUCCUGCCAUUCAUUUCCUUAUCGUUGGUUCUGCUUCCGUAUCUUUCUUCUAUCACCAUUAUCUGUAUGCUGGCAAAAGAGACUUUCCAUUCUCAGGAAUUUUCCUCAAGGAUUAUGAGGCAAAGCAACUCCAACUCACCGCAGAAAUGAACAUUUCCAUAGGACCUAAUGUUGCUUUCAAUGGGCUGGAAAAAUCCCAUGAGAUCAUUUUGAUCAACUCUUGUAAUGAAAUAGAGGGUAAGUAUGUUGAUUAUCUCUCGACUCUAAGCAAUAAAAAAGUCGUACCGGUAGGUCCACUUAUUCGUGAAAUGGAAACAACUACAGAGAAUGAAGAGAACUCCAAGAUUAUCCAAUGGCUAGACAAGAAGGAUGAGUCCUCUUGUGUUUAUGUUUCGUUUGGAAGUGAAUAUUUCUUGUCCAAAGAGGAAAUCGAAGAAAUAGCUCAUAGUUUAGAGCUAAGUGAAUUGAAUUUCAUUUGGGUACUUAGGUUUCCAUUAGGUGAUGAAACUAACAUUGAAAAUGCUUUACCAAAAGGCUUUCUUGAUAGAGUUGAAGGAAAAGGUGUCAUUGUGGAAAAAUGGGCACCUCAAGCAAGAAUUCUUGAGCAUCCAAGUGCUGGGGGAUUCUUAUGCCAUUGUGGAUGGAAUUCUAUACUAGAAAGUUUACAUUUUGGAGUUCCUCUUAUAACCAUGUCUAUGCAUUUUGAUCAACAUACUCAUUCAAGAAUGACGGUCGAGUUGGGGACAGCUAUGGAGGUUGUGAGAGAUGAUCAAAAUGGGAAACUGAAUAAAGAAGAGACAGCAAAAGUGAUAAGAAAUGUGGUGAUGGAGAAGAAUGGUGGUGAAAAUGUGAAGGCAAAGGUGAAAGAAUUGAGGAAAAAGAUAAGAGAGAAAGGAGAAGAAGAGUUUGAUCAAGUUGUUAACAAGUUGUUGGACCUUUCUACCAAGAAUAAGCAGUGAACACUUAGUAUGACAUAAAGGAAGAGCACAAAAAUGGAGUUAUUUUAUUUUCUUUUCUUUUUAUGCAUGAAAUAAUUGAAAUAUACUUUUCUUCUUGUCCUGGAAAAAAUCUCUGUGGUGUUUCUCUACUUUCGAUUAUAUGGAAAUGAUAAAAAUGUUUCUGUUGACAUU